AUUAAGCCCCUUCUCCACUUCACCUCAAUUAAGCUCUCCUCUCUCCCUCUCCCGGCAUAUACGAGUGCAACUGCCUCCAAACGUUAUUUCCACUACCCACAUCCUUUCGGACCCCAACUAAAACUUACAACCCCGACAACCGCCACCUUUCGAGUUUCUUCGUUCAGAGUGCAACUCAUGGAAGAGCUCACGAAUUCAAAGGGGUGCAUGAGACUGCCUCGACGACCUCCGACGCUUGGCGUGCACGACAAUUCGCAUGCGAUCACGAAGUUGAAGCCAAAGGUAAGAAUAGUACACAUAUUUGCGCCGGUGAUAAUCAAGACCGACCCUGCCAAUUUCCGGGAGCUCGUGCAGAGGCUCACUUGGAAGCCCACAAAGAGAACUGCCGCUAAGAAGAAGAAGACUCUUCCCAUGACGAUUAAUGGAGAGGCACUGCCAUGGUGCAAGCGAUUUGAGGUUGCGAGACCGCAGCAGAAGCACGAGGAUUCGGGGUGUCGAGAUGGAGUAGAGAGGGAGUUGAAGGAGGAGGAGGUGGUGGCGGCGGUGGAGAAAGAGUUGCGGGUUGAGAACAGCACAGGUGGUUUCUUUCGCGACUUGGGAGAAAUUGAUGGUUUUCUUCAAGGUCUCGGUGAUCUUCCAUUGCUUCCUUUAAGUUCGUCUCAGAUGGAUGAUCUGACUGGAGAGGCAGUUGUUCCUUAGGAAAGAGAUGAAGCAAUAUGAGGUCCGAAUUCUCUCUAUUUUUUAUUUCUUUUAAUGACUCAGGAUUGAGAUUUGAAUUUAUUACAAGGGAAAUAUGAGUAGUUUUUUAUUUAAUUUUUCUCUCUUUUUCUUGAAUUGUAAAUGUAAUAUAGCGUGCUUAUGUUAUCGUUUCGUUUGGAAAUUCCUCCGCCUAAAAUCAUUUCAAAUGUGAAAUGAUGUUGAUACUCAU